AUGAGAGUCACUUGCUUCUCGGCAUUCCAUCAACCACCAUGGUUUCCUCCUUUUCCCCGCCAUCCGCCGGCCAGCCUCCGUGCAUCUUAUCCACGAUGCAACAGCACUACCCCCAACCUGCGUUUCUCUGCUUUCGUCGCACGCAGCACUGCCUUCCCCUCAAUCUGCGGCACAUCAAUGCCCACUAUUUCAUUGAAAAGCCUUGGUUGUGCCGGCGCAAUGGGUAAAAUUCCCGCAACGCCAGUUGGAUGCAGAGGAGUGAAAUUCGUGGCGGAGAAGGGUCUCGUCAUGGACUCCGCAGUUCGGAAGUUCUAUGUGCCGGAUUUUCCUAGAGACUCGAAGUUCAACAAGCUAAGUCACGAUGACAAAGCGGCCUUUCGUGCCAUUCUAUCUGAACAGAAGCCUGUCUCAGCCAAAGAAUUGGCAGACAUGACAGCGGUGGCGAACUACCUAACAGACUGGCUCGGGAUAUACACCCCGGAAGCGGUGGAGGGGUCAGCAGCUGUUGUGCUAUUUCCCCGAACCACAGAGGAGUUGCAAAGGAUACUGCAACACUGCUCUAAGCGCCAGCUGGCCGUAUGCAUUCAGAGCGGCAACACUGGCCUUGUUGGUGGCUCCGUGCCUGCGUACGAUGAAGUCGUCCUCUCCCUCACAAAAAUGAACAAAAUCCUUUCAUUCGAUGCAGAGACAGGCGUCCUUAUUGCUGAAGCGGGCUGCCUGAUUAGCGACAUCGAGGUCUUUCUCAAAAGCUUUCCGAGAGUGCGCUUUCCCACGUAUAUGUACCCCCUGGACCUUGCAAGCAAGGGGAGCUGUUGUUUGGGGGGCACUUUGGCGACAGCAGCUGGAGGGAACCGCUACUUGCGCUACGGAGGGGCUCACAGCCACGUACUGGGUUUAGAGGUGGUUACAGGGGAUGGCAGAGUUAUAGACCUCUUGAAUACGUGCCUGAAGAAUAACACGGGCCUGCAUCUGCAUCACCUGUUUAUAGGCAGCGAAGGCGUCUUGGGGGUAGUUACGAAAGCGGUCAUACAAUGUGUUGCAACCCCCCGCAGCACAACCGUUAGCUUGCUUAAACUAAAGGGCCCGUUUGACCGGCUGCGCCUAGCGUGUCUUAGAGCAAAGGAGACGCUGAGUGACAUUCUAAGUGCCCUGGAGUUCUUUGAUGAAGCCUGUAUGGCUCUAUCGACAAAGGCCGCCAGGGUUCCCAACCCGUUCUCCCGAGCGCCACUAAACCUCCACCCAGGGAGCGCUACCCCUUAUAGCUUUGCGGAUGCUGGGAAAGGCGACGGUGGGUUCUACUUGCUCAUGGAAACACAAGGGCAAAAUGAAGAGGCAGAUAGAGAGAGGGUUGAAGAAUUUGUUACGCAGCUGCAGGAGGAAGGAAUCAUUGAAGACGCCGCUAUGCCACAAUCGGAAACACAACGAGCAGACACAUGGAGGGCUGGGAAGAAGAGACAGGAAGCGCCUUGUGUUGAGGCGACGGCUUGCGUUCAUUCAUGGAUUAGGGCACACGUCGUGUGUGAUCUAUGCACUGUGUAUAGGUUACGUGAGGAAAUCGCGGUUGCGGCUUCUGCCAGCUGCUUGAAAGUCCUAAAGUUCGAUGUAUCCUUGGAAAUAUCUCGAAUGUACAAACCCGUCGAGUUGCUGAAUGCUUUAAUGGCUCAUGGGGCCAUAGACGGUGAUUUCCCCGCCCUUAUAGCUAGAGGCGAGAAACUGCUGACGCAGCAAAGAAAGGGAAGCUAUGGCGCACAGAGGGGGAUACAGCACGAAGGAAGGAGCGGUACUAGGGCAGGAGGCGGAGAGGGAAGCGAAAAUACGGCUUCUUUGCCCUGCACAGUGAUUGGGUAUGGCCACAUUGGUGACGGAAACAUCCACAUUAAUGUACUGGUUCAGGAGGGCGCGAAAGCAGAAGAAUUGCGGAAAAUACAGCAAGUCGCAGACAACCUUGUGUAUAACUUUGUACAGCAGCACGGAGGGAGCAUCAGCGCAGAACACGGAGUCGGCAUCCUUAAGGCUUCGGCCAUCCCCAAACUUAGAAGCCAAGCAUUUAUAAGCACCUUGAACAGACUCAAGCACGUCUUCGACCCCAAGGGCAUACUUAAUCCCUACAAAGGAUGGAGGAUGAACACACAGGGGCCCCAGAAGAAACAUACAGAGCAGCGAGAUCCUCACAAGCACGGAACGAAGGAGGUUUCGAGGACUAAUGCACCAGAGGGGGCACCACUAUUGUGA